ACAGAUAAGCACAGCUAUACCAGUUCCAGUAGAGAGCUCCUACGUUAUCACCCAACUCCCAGAAACUUGGCAUUGCCUUCGCCAUUCCUACACAAUAUCUUCUCCUCAACUUCGGCUUGAAACAGUCAUUGCACCCAGUCGUAUAGACGAAAGGCUGUGAUCCGAUCACUCCAGCAGUCUAAGUUCGAGCAGCGAAGUUGCGCUGGGGAACAUGGCCUCGCGGAACGUGGGAAUAUGCCUAAUACUGGCGGUUCUUGUCCCGGCCAGUAUGGGCGGUACUCGUCGCGAGCCAAUUGAUGCAUUCAAGGCAAUGGAAAACUUCACCAAAGGCUUCAGCCUCUAUACAUCUAUCGAUGACUCGGACUUUAAAUGCCUCACUGUCUCUAGAAUAUCAUUUAAUCUUGAGGCAAGGAAAGCUGUAUACGUGUGGCAUCUGAAAGGCCCCGACGGCACAGUCAGGACAAACGUUACUUUCUACGUUGAUGACGGAGAAGCGCCCGAGAAGGUCACCUAUUUCCUGGACGAUGACACAACGACCAUUUACACUGGAUCCUGCCUGUACACGGACUAUUUGACCUGCGCUGUCAACAGAGUUUUUCUUCCGAGGCCAUGACCAUUGUAUGCUCUGGGUGAAACCUGAUGUCCUUCAAGCAGUCCCCCGACACUGUGUCGACAACUACAAGGCCAACUGUCCGACCAGGUUUCCAACUUACGAUCCCGAGCGCUGUCAUUUGGACGAAUAAAAGCAAACGCAGCGAUGCACCUGCUACUGCGCUAGAAUCAGCACUGAAA